GGCUGAGCAGCGCUUUGAAUCUCUAUAGGGUAGGUGAUUAGUUGAGGCUGAGGACCCCCUUCACGGCAUAGAAAAGUAAUGAAUGCUUCUCUUGGUCUUGGUCUCCAUCCCUCGUCAUCAAAAUGCGGUCCAGGGCAGAUAAUCGUCCCCAGCGUCUUUGCGUCCUUGCGCUCCUUUGCUUGUUAUCAUCUAGCAUGCCCCUAGCAAAUGCGACUUGCUACUACCGCUCAGGCGCCGUAGCCACGACGUACGUCCCGUGCCCGGGAGUCAACUUCUGCUGCGAUGAGACCCAGUACUGCGAGAGCAACGGACUCUGCCGCGACAAAAACAACCACGCGAAUGGCUCCGUCACCUACUUUCCCGGCAAGGCUGAUCCGGGGCCGUACAACUUCACCGGCCUGUAUCAGACUCCCACAUGCAACAACGCGGCCUUCCAAGGGUGCGACGAAGAGUGCACCGCAUCCGACGCAACCACCUUUGCAUACAUCUGGGCUUGCACGGACAAUCUUCUCAACUACUGCUGUCACAACAACACCGUGAGCCUCAGCCAGCGCGAUUGCUGUUCCGCCGCGACACGAUUCCAACUCGCAUCUCCUGUUGCACUUAUCCCGUCGAGCGCUGCACCCACGUCAUCGACUACGACAGGUGAUCCGAAUGCUCCCCCAUCGCAAUCAGGCCUGUCGGAUUCGGCUAAGAUUGGGGUCGGCGUGGCUGUCCCUGUUGUCGUGAUUCUUGUAGUAGCGGCCACCAUUUGGUUCAUCCGCCUGCGCAGGACGAACAAACAUGCCCGGAGCCAACGCUCCACGACUGCCAAACUAUAUCAGGAUACUCCAGAAGAGCAGGAGAAUUGGCGGAGUCAUGAUCAACGUACGGCAGAACUAGAGAACGACCAGUUGCGGCCGGAGCUUGAGGGGCGAGGCAGGCCCUUGGAGCUUCCAAACAACACCGUCCAUGAGCUUGGAUGACGUGAUGUGGUGGGACGGCCAAAUGACCUGCGAUUGAGCGUACCAAUCGCCAUUGAUUAAGUAGGCCCGGCCGUAGUUCCACGAAUGAUUGGGUCUUCAAGCUCAGGCGAGUGCGGGCUUGACUUGAAGUCUUCACAAGACAAUGUGGCUAGAACGUUGAAAUCCGUACGGGGGCGGCAGGAGUUGGGGAACGUUGACGCGGCGAACUACCGGCCGUUGCGGAGCGUCAAGUCAGGGCGAAG